GUAACCCGAGUGUCUCUCCAGGUGUUAUGGAGAGGUCGAGGACUGAGCUCAACCACCACUGCAAGUGUUUCCAAAAUGGUCAAACUAACAGAGGAUAUGGUCGUUGCCAGAUCGAAAGGAUCGGAUUUACAUAACGUGAGGAAGCUAAAUUGCUGGGGCAGUGAGCUGUCAGAUUGUUUCUGUUGUGCGGAAGUUAGAAAUGUUGAAGUUUUAUCACUGAGUGUGAACCGCAUCAGCACAUUAGCAGAUUUUCAGCAUUGUCCAAAUCUUCAAGAGUUAUAUAUUCGCAAAAAUAACAUUUCCGACAUCAAUGAAAUUCUCUAUCUCCGUCAACUUCCCAAGCUAAAGAGUCUUUGGCUUGCAGACAAUCCAUGUGCUGAAUUUGAGCAACUUGUGUAUCUUUUGAUUCAUGAAGUUUUGGAUGUCUAUGGGCAGUCCUUGGAUGAUGACUAUGAAUACUCUCAGGCUGUCUAUGAAGACGACGAGCAACCUGUCACCCGCCGUAUGGGCUGCAAUCAUUAUUCUGACAACGAACGUAGAACUUCACAAAUGUCACAACAAUCCAACCAAGCCUCAUCGCCACAGGCAGAUGAUACAUUGCAGCAACAUUAUGGAGGGAGAAGAGGAAGCCACUCAAGGCAACAGACGUGUAACUCAGCUAUAGAGAACAACCAGUACACUAGAAGGCUCUCCAACUCUCAGGCAUCAAGUGGAUACAACAGCGCCAGCAGUAACACGAAUGGUCUUUACUACCGAGCAGAUCCAGACAAUGCAGAGAGAUUACGUCGAGAAUCGUACUCCUCUACACAGAGCCCCUCUCGUCGUAGCAGUCAAAUUACCGCUGAGGCCGACUCAUCAGCAGAUACUCGCGGGUAUAUACGCUCUCCUGAAUCAUCAUGCACUCACAAUGCUGACUAUGAGUACGACUCACGCAAUGCUAACUACCUGAGCCGGGAAGACACGGCUCCCAGUAGACGUGCAGCUCAAGAACGUGAUCAACGAUGGUGUGAGCCCGAGGAAAGGGAGCGUGCCUACAGCCGUGGUGAUGGGUAUGGGUAUGCUGCUCCACCGUAUGAAACACAGCGGAGUCCAGGAAGCAUUGACCACAGAAACGUGUCACAGGAUCCUCGAUACACUCAGCCAGCUCAGAGUAGAGGUGACAGCCAUGCAAUAGUGCAGCAGCACUAUGACAGUGCCUAUCGUCGAGCAGAACAGCAGAUAGAUACUAUAACAAGAGCUGUGGCCUCUGAACGCACUUCUCCUACCAAGCCCUAUCCAGCCAGGCCCAAGACGCGGAAUGCUAAUUUGUUGUCUGCUGUGCUGUGUUUGGUAAAGGAACUUGACUACACCAGUCUAGAAGUUGUGGAGAUGGCUGUGAGAUGUCGUAUGGAGGAAUUAGAUGAUUAAAACUAAUGAGUGCCAAGAUCCUUGUCUUCUUUGGUUAAUUAGUUAUGGGUAUGUAUUUUGUGAUGAGUAGUCAUUUGCUAAAAACGAUUCUUGAAUGGCUCUGUUUCAACCUUCAGUGUAAACUUACAAUUAUAUUAAAAUAGAUGUUAUCUGUUACUCCAUAACAUAUAUGACAUAAUGAAUUAUUUUUUUUUUAUUUUUUUUUGCAUUCAAAAUUUUCAAAAGCAUGAGUUUUUGUAUUCUGUAAAUUUUUUUAUGCCUCAUACAUUGAUUCAUACAGAUUUAAAGUGAGGUAUUUUUGUUGUGUACAAAGAGGUUAUUUUACAUUAAAUUUGAUGUGAAAAUAAUGCAGUACACACUUAAUCCAAUAAGAAAUGUCACCAGAACUGUUUGUAUUUGUGAUCUGAGCAAAAUAACUGAAUAAAUUUUUGAGACAGUUUUCAAGUUGGACAUUUCCAAAAUUUUAGGCUAUCACUGAGCUGGAAUGAUAGAUUCCCAUCAUUCUGGCUUUUUAAAUAAUUUGGAGAUUAAUAUUUUAAUGAUUCUCUUAAAGCUUUAAUAUUACAUUGCUUAUUACCAGUAACCUCUCAACUUAAUUUUAACCUAUGUAGCUAGUUGUAUGUAAAUUAAGUAUCCUAUUUUAGUAUUGAAGCUAACAGUACAACAAUCACUAGAUAAUUAAGUUCUUGAUUUUAUAGGAUUCUGUGUUCACAAUUGUAUGUUGAGAUUCUUCUUAUUUGUGCCAAAAUUUAUUUGUUAAAAUAUGGCAUGUAAUGUUCUCCUUAAUUGAUAUUGGUUAAGCACUUGUAUAUGAUACACAAGGAAUAUUUGUGAUAAACUUGAAUACAAUUCAUGUGUAGAGAUUUUUGUAUGCAAGUGGAAACGUAUUUGUGUUCACAAAUCCUUAUUGCAUAAAGGUUUUGAGAUUUGUUCUGUUGUUGUAUUGUAAAGAUAAUUUUUACCAUUUUUUAAGAAGUUUACCAUGAAAAUUUAAUGUUUUUUAAGGUAUGAAGUGAUCUGUUGAUAAACACCUAGAACUUUAAAGGAAUAUAUGUACAUUAUGUGAGUUAUUAAAUAGCUUCAGUUCCUGUCUUCAUUAUUUCAUAAUAUGGAAAGUAAUAAAUAAUAACUAAAUUAGAAUAAUCAGAAUUUAUUAUCAUUGUUAAUGUAUUUGAAAUCUAUAUCAGAUUGCCUUGGCUGCUGUGUAGUAGAUUUACCAUCAUGUUAUUUAAGUUUGUUUCAGGCUAUUUGGUCUGAUCAUUACUUCAACAUUGAAAUUACUGUGCCUUAGCAAUUAAAAUUCUAAAGUCAUGGCAUCAUAUAGAAUACUAGCUUGUUCUGCCAAACUUCUCCAAUGGGCAUUCUGUGCUAGAACAUUGGCAGUUGCAAUUAAAAAUGUCUUGGGCACAGUAUGCCAUGUAGCCGAAUUGACUAUGUACAGUGUGCUAAAUUAUAAGUCCAUAUCAUAUACAAUGUACAAUUUCCAGGCAGAUAUAUUUCCAGAUGUUCAUUUCUCUGCAGAAAUUAGUAUUUAAGCAAACUACAGUACACUAAAAUGCUGAUGUUUUGUACAAUAGUUUAUUAUUAUAAUUAUUUAAUUUACAAAUAGAUCUGAUAAAUUAAAAUGCAGUAAGUUUAUGUUGUAUGUGGUUAAUGUACUUAGGGUAUCUAAUGAAGUUAAGUUACAUGAUGACAACCACUAGCAGCAGUUAAUGGAUUAAGUUUUGUUUUUAGUACCUCAUAAUCCAGUUAAGAUCCUUUCACAGUUGUGAGUUAUUUUCAAGACCAAACAAAAACUAAUAUUUAGCUGAGUGAAAUACUAUACUGUAAUUGUAAGAUACCGGAGAAGAUAGUGAAAUACUGAUAUGCUUAUGUUCCAGAGGACCUUGAAAUUGCCACAUCUGCAAAAAUUUCACAGCCAUUAGAUACAAAAUAAUGUUUGGCUUCAAAAUAGAUUUAUACAUUAACAUAUGAAUGAUAAAAUAUACUUGUGUGGAAUUGCCAUUUGUACAUUGCAAUAUUAUAUGUUGCACUAAAUUUGUUCAUAUAUAUUUUGACUAGUGCACUACUCUAGUGUGAUGGACUAUUUUUGCAAGAUAUGUAGGAAUAUGUUGGGGAUCCUUGGCUGAUGCAGAUACCAGUGUUACAGAUGUGAAAGUUUUUAUUGUAUUUCUCUACCCAUAAAGAAAAUAGUUUAGGUUAAAUUUUUGGUGCUGGACAGUAUUCAUAGGGUUGUUUUUUAUUUAAGACUUUUUUAAAACCAAGAUCCUGCAAUGUAUGGAAGCCCUCGAUAGAGCUGGCCUUAAUUUGUUUUGCUGGCUGGAAACCAUUCUGCAUAUUAGAGAAUGGUGUAAUAGUUAUUUAUGGUCCACUAGUUGUUUUAAGUAAUCUCUUACUCAUAGUUUAUAUAAGUUCUUUGUUGGAAAGUUUUUAUUUAGAACAGUGACAUUGACAAGAGUUCAAAUAAAUCAAGGCCAGCAAAAUUAAAAUAGCUCAUCCUUGUUAAAAAAAAAAAAAAAAUUGGUUGUACCAUAUUACCAAAGUGAUCAAGUAUUGAUGAUUAA